AAUUUUUUGUCUUUGAGAGUGUAACUCUAUGUAAGACAGUACUAUCUAGUCUUGGGGGCCCCUGUGCCCCCCCGCACCUCUAGAUUCAUGAAUGCCCCGGUGUGAGGCUUGCCUCCACCGGUCCGCCGUUCCUGCCGCGCGUUUUAGACAUGCAAUCUUUCGAAGGGAAGGUGACUUUAUAAGUAUCGCGCAAUGGAAUAACUGAGUAGGUAAGGUUUUACUGGACGCGUUCUCGGCCGCGAGUGCGACUGGUAUAGGAAUCGGGUUGAGUGCAAAUUACGUAGUAGAGUGGUUUCUCAGGUGGUGGAGAGACCGAUUCUGUUGGAUUUGACUGAUUUCAAUGGAGGCCUUGAUUCCGUAUAGGCGAGUGAAUAUGAUUGGUUUGUGAGAUUAUAGAGUUGAUAGCGAAUUAUUUGGUUUGUAGCGUGGAGAUGUCGGGAAGGAGGAUGGUGGUGUCGUAUUAUGGGGAUGGGGUAGCGUAUGGUGUUAGACGGGCAGUGUUGCUGGCAUUAUGUGCGUUCAUGUGCGGGUAGGAUGAUCUGUGACUGAAGUAGUGUCGCGUCUGUCAGUUCGAACGUUUCGAUAACAUGGAUACUUCACCGAAUGUGGUUUUCAUUCUGCCAGUUGCGUUAAUGUAUCCUUUUUCGUCCGUCUCUUCGUUCCCUUACCACGCCAAAGCCUGGAAAGCACUGUUCCCGAAUCCCGACCAACUUUCAUUUCAGGGUCCGGGGGGUCCUUCGUAUAAUCCGCCAGUAAUCAAAAGGUCUUUGGUGAGGAACCACGCAAGCGACCUUCCCCAGCUGCGACUGAGAUUCCCCAGCGCCAGCGCCCAAACGCUUUUACCCUCGCAUAUUCAUGGUUCCCCUCCAAAAAGUCUUGUGUCGCAGUUCCACUUGCACAUUGCGCCGUUGAACGAAUCAUUCGAUGUUUUCGUGCUUGUCACUACUUGAAGACAAAAUCCCAGAUAUUAUUCUCGUCAAAUUGGUGUCACAACCGCCAGUGGAUUUCUUGUUGCGCCGAGAUGGCCCUUUCCUAAGGUCAGCUUUGCCCGUGGAUUUACUAGCUUGUCACAGUUCGGUAUUUGUAUGUUGUGACCGCGUCGAUAGCUAUGGGGAACAAUUCAUC